AUGCAGAAAGUCAAACUCGUCAAUCGAGAUCCACCAACAGACGACCGCAGUCUCAUCAUCGCUGUUCCGGAUAGUUGGAAACAGGAGGGAUUACUCUUCUGGCCACCGCCAGAAUUGCGAGCAAUUGAGAAGCUGAGACUUAACCUCACUACAGUUCCCGAUAAAUCCUGGUCUAUUUACAAAUGUGAAGUGAAGGCGCAGAGAAUUGAUACAUUUCAAGAUGCUAAGAAAUUGGAGACAGAGGAUGAGGAAGAUUAUAUUCUGGACUACAGGCAGAAGAAAAGAAAGAAAAGUGAACCUAAAAUGUCUCUCGCGCAGUUAGACUUCAAUGAAUAUGUUGCCCAAGGAAAUUCCUCUCAGAAUUGUACAUCUGCGCCUUCAUUGAAUCAAACAUUUGUCCAGAAAACACCUCUCGGAUCUCUACGUCUUCCAACGUCACAAACUGCAGUGACAGAAUCCUCUCAUCAUCAAAAAAAAAAUCCAGAAGCACCUUCUGUGAUCACUACGUCAUUGUCUAUCGCCACAAAUCGUACUGACAUGAUUUUCUCACCAAUUCAGUGUCCGGAAAGAUACACUGUGGUUGCUUCGUCAUCACCUAUCACCAAAAACUGCCCUGAUAUGAUUCUAUCAACAAACAAGUGUUCAAUGGAGCCUCCAGAGAGACCCGCUGUGGUCGCUACGUCUUCGUCUAUGGCCAAAAACUACCCUGACACGUUUCUCUCAUCAAAGAAUAAUCAAGAAAGAGCCUCUUUUGUCGUCUCGACCGACGUCACAAACUACUCUGACAUGAUCGAUUUCAUGAGUGUCCAGAAGAUUAUCUAGUAUGCUCAUCUACAAGAACGCCUCCUGUAAACUUUACGACCCCUUCUACCUCUAAAAAAUAAAAAAAAAUAUGUUGAAAACUCAAGUUUUUAAAUUACUUAUUCGAUGAGAUUUCUAACAAUUGAGCCUAUUUCUGAAAAAAACCUAUUUUCCUCCGAUUCACGAAUAUAUGGGGGACUAAAAAAACUUUCCCUAGGUGUUCUAAGACUUAUUCAAAAACAAAUAUCCUCGAUUAUCUUGGUUCUUCAUUUUUAUUUCAAAGUGUAAAGCAAAGGUAAAAAGACCUAUGAUACAUGAUUGCUUGCACUAAGAAACUGAACAGAAAAGCAAAGAAGAAGAAGA